UAAUGAGUCACCGUGGACGCCGGCUGCUGUAAACUCUUAAAGGAGAAGAAGAAAGAGAAAUGGCAGCCUACAUGAGGAGCGUGAUGCUUCUCGUCUCCAGAGAACAAACCGCUUUUCUAUCCAGAGGCUGCGGUGUUGUUGUGACAGCUCAACGAUAUGUCCGGGGGCUGAGGAGGAAACCGGUCCGAGUGUUGUUCCCCGACACGGAGGAGGAUCCAGGGCCGAAGACGAGGCCACAGCCCCGGUCUGAAGAUCAGCAGGAGAGGAGGGAGAAGAAGAAGAAGAAGGAGGAGGAGGUGAAGGUCGCAGCAGCAGAACAUCAUGAGGACAGAGGCUCCGUCAGAAACAGGAGGAAUGAACCUCCAGCUCAUGUGUCUGUCAGGGACCAGGUCGAUGACGUGAGCUUUGAGAGAGCUUCUCCUGGAGACAAGAGGCUGGCGAGGUUAGUGAGUGUUGCUCGAUCCAGGACGUUUCGAGAGCACCAGGGUAAGAUCCUCCUGGAGGGCAGGCGUCUGAUCUGCGACGCCCUGGAUGCUGGUGCCAACCCACAGAUGGUGUUCUUCAGUACAGUGGAUCGGCUUCGAGAGCUGCCCCUAGAUAAGCUGAGGAGGGCCACGCUUGUAAAAGUCAAGUUCGAGGACAUUAAAAUCUGGUCCGACCUUGUGGCUCCCCAGGGGGUGAUCGCCAUAUUUUCUCGUCCGGACCCAUCGCGACUAAACUUCACUAGUACAGGUCAUUCAGUGCCGCUGUCCCUGAUAUGUGAUAAUGUCCGAGACCCAGGCAACCUUGGGACUAUGCUGCGAUGUGCUGCUGCUGCUGGAUGCCAUAAUGUCCUGCUCACGAAGGGUUGUGUUGAUGCUUGGGAGCCUAAAGUUUUGCGUGCGGCGAUGGGCGCACAUUUCCGACUUCCCAUAUAUCCCAAUCUAAGCUGGGAUGCCAUUGAAAAUCAUCUCCCGAAACCUGUGACUGUCCAAGUGGCCGACAGCGGCUGUGGCCCUGACAGAAGUAGAGAAACAGAAGACUUGCAAUCUAACGUCUCCCACAAACCUUCAAAAGCAGGAGACUACGGCUGGGUCAGCACAAGGCGGAGUCACAGUGACAUGCGGUUUGAGGAAUAUGACUCGGACUCUGACGACGAGGGACUUUCACUCCCCAGAGUGGACGCCAAGCUGUACCAUGAGAGCUGGGCUCAGAGUCCCACUGCUCUUGUGAUAGGCGGUGAGACAAAUGGUCUGAGUCUCGAAGCGGUGGAGUUGGCUGAGAAAACUGGAGGUCAGAGGAUCUUUAUUCCUGUUGUUCCUGAUGUGGACAGCUUGAAUUCAGCCAUGGCCGCCAGUAUCCUUUUGUUUGAAGGCAGGAAGCAGCUGUUGAAACUCAUGCAAUCUGGAAGAAAAUGGAAAUCUAAAGCUGAGGGUCAGUUAUCAUGAAGUUCCCUGUAAAUGUUGUUGUGUGUCCAUACAACGUACACCCUGCUCUGCUCAUAAUAAAACACUGAAUUGCAAUCAUGGAUUUCAUUUGGAAUUGACAUCAAGUUAUAAAAUAACUGAAUAAUUGACAUCCGAUUGAGCAUGAAAAUGAAAGAUGAACAGAUUCUCAGGUGAAAUAAAAAAAAGGCCAAGACUUUUUGGCGGCUGUGGCUCAGGGGGAGAACGGUUUGUCCCCUGGUUGUAACCCCUGUCUCCUCCAGUCUGCUAUUCAAAGUGUCCUUGGGGUUUAAUAUGUGCUCGAGUGGGUGAAUGUGACUUGUACUGUAAAGUUGAUAAGACUGCUAAAGCGCCGAACAAACAAAGUCCAUUUACUCACCGUGUUGGUCUUUGCAGCCACAGCAUCAAAUAUGCAGAACUCAUGGCACUUGUAUACAAAAAGUGAGAUAAAAAGUUUCCAUCUCACCUGGAGUUUGCACAUGAACAGAAUGAGUCCAUCUACAUGCUGUCUGUGAUAACAAAUGCAAUAUCUGCAUCUUU